AUGCAGAAACUUGACUCCACUACUCAAAACAUGUGGGAGGAAAAAGUGUCAUCCAAUGAGCUACCCACUUGGGAAGGCAUGGCGUUGUUCCUAGAAAAAAGGUGUCAAACUCUGGAGAAUGUUGCGUUUGCUACGCUCGGUAAGACUCCAACUAAACAGGUGAGCAAAUAUGUGAAUCGCAACAAGUCUUUUGUGGUCUCGAAGCCUGCGCAAAGGUCAUGUGUGUUUUGCAAACACCUUGAUCACCUCAUUUAUACUUGCCCGUCAUUUGCGAAACUCUCCCCAAGCGAGCGCUGGAAAGAGGCAAAAAAUGCUGAACUUUGCUUGAACUGUCUUAAGCUUGGACAUCGAGUACAACAAUGCAAAUCCAUUCACUGUUUUCGUUGUAAAGGUGCUCAUCACACUCUUUUACAUAAGGAUAUUCCAGAGCAACCCUUCCAAAAUGCCUCAUUGGCAGAAAAGUUUCCUCAACCAGGAUCAGCAGCAUCUUUGGUUUCCAUGGCGCCUCCAUGCAUAUCAAACGAGCACUCAAGCAUUAAACUAAACGAAUCCGUACUACUAGCUACCGCAACGGUGUUUGUAAAAAACAGUGUUGGAUGUUUUAUCCCCUGUCGUGCUAUUUUAGACUCAGCUUCGCAACUAAAUUUCGCUACGAGCAGGUUAUCCAACCAACUACAAUUGAAGAAAUCGAAGUUCCCAGUAGCAGUUUCGGGAAUUGGAGACUCAGAUACAACAGUUGAGUACACAAUCAAUAUUAUUUUUAAAUCUAUUCACAGCGAUUACACAAACACUAUUACGGCGUCAAUAAUUCCCACCAUUACUGAGCAGCGACCAACCACCACUUUCAGCAUAUCGCAAUGGGUCAUACCUAAGAACAUAAAAUUGGCCGAUCCAUCAUUUACUACUUCUCGUAGGAUUGACCUCUUAAUUGGAGCCGGCAUAUUUUUUGACUUGUUGUGUGUCGGCCAAAUACGUCUUAAGGAACGAACACUCAUUUUGCAAAAGACACGUCUCGGGUGGAUCGUCUCUGGCGGUAAACAACGCUGCAACAUCAGCUCUUCGUGCGCGGUGUCAUCCAAACUCGUCGAAAGCAACGAACCACAUGGAUCACUUGAUCAAAUGGUCCGCAGUUUUUGGGAAACAGAAAAUUGUCUCGAAGGAACCACGAAGGUAACAAAAGAAGAACUAGAUUGUGAAAUACAUUUCCAAACAAACCAUCGCCGUUUGGGUACUGGCGAGUACUCAGUCCGUCUUCCUGUCAAACUGAGUCCAAAUAUGCUUGGUGACUCAUAUCAAUAUGCUUUACGCCGAUUAAUCUCUCUAGAACGACGCUUGCAGCGAAACGACAACGUAAGAUUACAGUAUUCAGCGUUCAUGCGAGAAUAUCUCGAUUUAAAGCACAUGACUCUUGUGGAUGCUCUCCCCAAUGUACCAACAUAUUAUCUUCCUCAUCACUGCGUUUUUAAAGAAGAUAGCACAACAACGAAAUUACGGGUAGUAUUCGAUGGUUCAGCUUCUACAACAAGUAACUACUCUCUGAAUGAAAUUCUUAUGACAGGUCCAACAAUUCAACCAAAACUUGCAGAAACUUUAAUACGUUUUAGGUCAAGGCCCAUCGCAUUAACAGGUGACAUAUGCAAAAUGUACCGCUGCGUACGCAUCACCUCACCAGAUGACUAUCUUCAGUGCAUACUUUGGAGGGAAAACCCGAUGGAAGAUGUUAAGACCUACAAAUUAGAGACUGUCACUUAUGGAACACGACCAGCAUCAUUCUUAGCUAUUAGAGCUAUGCACCAGCUGGCUAACGAUGAAGCCGAAUCUUACCCCCUUGGUGCUCAGAUAGUACUGCGGGAUUUUUAA